AUGCCCAAUGACAAGGAUGGACCAUUGCCAGAAGGAUGGGAGAUGAGGAAAAGCAGAUCUACCGGAAUGGCCUAUUUCCUCAAUACAUAUACUAAGAAGUCUCAAUGGGAGCGACCUGAUGCGCCGGCUGACCCAGGUGAGAUCAGAUGCAGCCAUAUUCUUGUUAAGCAUGCUGGUAGUCGUCGCCCGUCAUCUUGGCGUGAAGAAAACAUAACUCGUAGCAAGGAUGAGGCUCUGGAAAUCCUAAAGGGCUACAGAAGGCAAAUUGUAGCGGAAGAAGCUACAUUUGCUGAUAUUGCUGGAAAGUACUCUGAUUGUUCCUCAGCAAAGCGUGGUGGUGAUCUUGGUAUGUUUGGUCGUGGACAAAUGCAAAAGCCAUUUGAAGAGGAGGCCUAUAAGCUGAAGGUGGGACAGCUUAGCAAACCAGUGGAGACUGACUCGGGGGUCCAUAUUAUUCUGAGAACUGCUUAA